CUCAAUGUGUCGGCCAUUUUCACAAAUGAAUUCAAGUAAUAAAGAAGUGUAUAAUUUUUCUGAGCUGUUUAUUAUCGUGAAAUGAUGGGUUUCUAGUGCGUGCCAAGUGCAACAAACACCCUUAGGGGUUGCUUACAACAAAUAUGAUUAAAAAUAUGGCCAAUAUGGCGUCUUACGACCAACAAAACGUGUUACAAACACAAUCUAUAAUAAAAACCAUUGAUUCAACUCCUUUGAUCUCUUUUGAAAACCAUUUCAUUGUUCAAUUGGUCGAAUUGAUUAACAACAACAAAAACAAUGGACUCAUUGGAGCUGCCAAUCGAUUUGAUUUGGGAGGGGAAGAUAGAACCCCUAUCCCCGAAUCAGUUAGCGCUUGUUAACUCGGAAGAUAUUAUGAUAUUUGAAAAUGACCUAUCUACUGACUUCAUCUUAAACCAUUCCAAUAUAAUUUUCGAUGGAAAGAAAUCUCCGGAAGAAAUUCUAUUCGAAUUGCAACAGGAAAUCGCUGAACAGGACGACGACAGCAAUGAAUCUACUCAAUGGCUAGACGAACCCAUUAGUCUGCCAAUCCCAGUGGAAUACAAUCAUCCAUUGCCACAACGUCAACCACUCAAAAUCGAUCAAACUGCACAACUUAUGCGAGAGUUUAAUUCUGUUCUCGAUGCUGUUGAAUUAACCCAUUUGACCCCACCACAAACUCCACCUGAAUCACCGCAAAUCGAGAAUUUGACCGAUCUGAAAUUCGAUCAGUUCGUUUUCUCGUCCACACCUCAACCGCAGCAACAGAUAAUUCUCAACGCUAACUUUUUCAACUUUGACCAAGCCGUUCAAUCUCCAGCAUGCAGUCAAGAUAUCGCUCGGGAAAUGGAAGUUGUCGAGGAACUGGUUCGUUCACAUGCCGAAAAUCUGCCGGAAUGGACAACUGAUGACGACUAUUCAUCACAGUCGUCGUCGCCAAAUUCGUCGCCGCGAUCAACCAGUGAUGACUCUUUCGACAAUGCAUCCCAAUCGAAUGACGACGAAUGGUCCCCUGCAUCGACUCCAACUCCGUCUAAAAGACGUGUACGAUCGUCGGAAGAUAAGAAAUCCAGAAAAAAGGAGCAGAAUAAAAAUGCGGCUACUCGGUACCGGCAGAAGAAGAAAGCCGAAUCCGAAGUGGUCAUGGGGGAAGAGCGCGAAUUGCAAGACAAAAACAAUCAACUCCAAGUGAAAUAUGCUGACAUCCAGCGAGAGAUUAAAUACUUGAAAGGUCUUAUGCGCGAAUUGUACCAAGCGAAAGGACUUUUGUAAAGUGCAGACGGCACAAUCAUUCUAAUAGUUUUAUGCGCUACAACAUGUUAUAAUCAAAUAUCAAAUAUUUUUCGAGUUCAUGCUAACUAAACUAACUUAAUGUUCUAUCAAUUAGAAUGUGCAAAUUAUUUCGUCUAAUGCGUUUAAAGUAAAUGGAUCGUUGAAGCGAAUUAUGGAACAUAUGAAAAGCUUGUUUCUUGGCUUUGAAGCUCUUUCUCACGAUUAGUUUCAACAUGCAGUUAUUUUGCUGGUUCAAUUUCCAUGUAAAAGUGGGAGGUGGACACGAGCUCGUAUUUGUCAUGGAUAAUUUGCAUUUUACAUUUUUACUUAACGAAAAUGUAAAUUUAUUAAUUGUGUAGUAAGUUGAUGUACACAAUAAUUAAAUAAAUCUGGAGGCGGACACA